AUGGCGCAACGACAACCACACCUCCCACCGCUCUCCGCAACCCAAGCCCCUCGCCACCGGCGCUCAAACAGCAUGGAAUACGACAACAGCUCCCCAGAAUGGUAUCGGAAACUGAGUCCCAUCCUACCUCAACUCUGGAUCCGCGAUUCUGCCCUCAUCACCCCAGCGAUUAUCAGCGAGCUCGAAACUGCUUGGCUCAGAUACCAGACUCUGGGAAUCCCAGGAAAGGGUGACGGUGGGAGUAGAAGUGCUCAAACAAAGGCUGGGAGAAGGAAAAUUGAAGAGGAGUAUAUGAGGCUAGAGCCAGACGUUAGGAGGGCAAAGGAAGUUGCUCUUGCAAGGCAUGAGAAUUUUGUGAUUCGGGGGAGGGAUGGGAGUUUGGAUUAUCACACUGAAGAGAAGAAGCUGAAAAAGAGUCUCGGUGACAGGGCUCUGGGACUGGUGGUGAAGGGAAUGGACUUGGUAUUAAAGCAAAAUCUGAGGAAAGACGGGAGUGAUCCGUAUCCCCUCCCCAAUCGGCCUCGCUUCUUCCAAAUCCGCGGAAACCGAACUAGUUUCCGGUGGUCCAUCUGGUUCGUUUUCGUGCUAAGACUGCCACUCAUCGCAUUCAAUACUAUGUCAUUUCGCAUUGGUGAAGAUGUCUUCCAAAAUUGGAUAUCGAAGUAUGCGGUCGUGGAGAAGUAUUGGGAUGGCUUCUCACAGAGGAAGUGCGAAACCAGGAUUCAGCUCGAGGAGGACAACCUUGUCCAUCUCGCUUCACGAGAGGUGGCUGCAAAGUAUGAUCUUAACUUCGAGAAACCUCCCGCCAGAAGAAGUUGUGUUCCUCGAGAAAUUGAUGUAGGCCGGGUACCAGACAUUAUCCUUUUCCUUGAGAUACUUCAAGUGCGCAAAACCUCCGCCCGUAUAGUGCUUCAAGGCCUCCUCGCGCUACUCCCGGUUUACUGUGAGCACUAUGAGGACAGUCUUGGCAUGAUUAAAGCCGGGGCCUCUGAACGGAACAGUUGGGCCCAAAUGAAAUUGACGAGUGAGCUAGUCCAACCCUUCCACGUCCAGGGCUCAAUUCGUCGGCCUUCCGGAAAGGUCAAGAUCCAUAUAUUGGGGUGGAUCUCCGUCGGAAGUAGCGGAGACAGAUGGAAGGAGUCGAGUGACAUUUUAUGGGAGUAUUGUGGACUCUAGGCACUUCUACUGAACGACCGACGGGCGGAGGAUGGGUUUGAUUGUCGGUGGCACGGUUAACUUGAUUAACUAUAGUCAAAAAAGUGAUCUUAGCUGGGGUUAAAACCAGAGGAGCAAGGUCCUU